UAUUACACAAAGAAAUUCCCUAAUAAUUCGACAAGAAAUGGAAAGCCGAAGUCGUCCCCACAACGAGGCAGAACAAGCUAUGAGUCAGGGUCAGAUGAGGAGGGAUGAAGAAAUGAACCAACAAUCAGACAUGCAGAACCAAGGUCAUGCCACCAACUUCCUUCAAGAGACUGGAACACAAGCGAAGAACAUCGCACAAGGCGCGGUGAAUAUAGUGUGGGGAGCUGCAGUAGGCGCCGCUAACAUGGCCCAAGGGGCGGCUCAAGGGGCUGCUACCAUGGCCCAAGGGGCGGCUCAAGGGGCUACUACCAUGGCCCAAGGGGCAACCGAUACGGUCAAGAAUACUCUAGGGAUGAAUUCUUCCGACACCACCACCAGCAGCACGGGUGGUUCCACCGUGGAUUAUUCUGACGGCAACACCAACACGGGAGGCUCCACCGUGAAUCAUCCUGAUAGAACCGCCGACAUGGGAGGCUCAGCCUACCCCAACGCCACAAAUUAUACAAGCAACCCUCAUAAUACUAGGACUUGAAAUACUUCAAUAUUCUAUACAUAUUUUUCUCGUGCAAUUUAUCCCCUUUACAGUCAUUUGUGCAUUGUCCUAAUUAAAUUGGACUGACCCUGUUAAAAUGGCCAUUUAUUUAAUAAUUUCUAAGUAAUGAUAUCCGGUUUUUCAUUCAAA